ACACUGCACGGUGGGGAUACGAGUUCACUAUUCCGCUGGCACGCAAGAGAAACGGUCCAGCAGCGAGGCUGUGCCAUAGGGCUGCUGUAGGGGCAGGUGGAACAUCUCCUUGUCCUGCUUGAGCGCGCCUCAUUCCGACACAACCACAAUUCCUUGACCGACACAACCGUAGCUCGAUGGAAACCGGCCAAGUGGGACUGGGCGAGGAUGCUGUCACCGCCCUGCAGGGCUACGCGUGAUGUGGGAUGGACUUUGCCUUCCCUUGGGUACGGGCACAGGCACAGGCAUAGGCACAGUGAGUGGGUACCAGCUGCCAGCAUGGGGAAUGAUGAGAUAAUCAGGCAGGAUCUGGACCGCCUUCACGAUAUCCCACUCUACAAAACCUUUGUGAAAGGUUGGCCACAGGUGAACGCCUUCCAAGCCCGGCAUGAUGACCUGGUCAUCGCUACCUACCCCAAGUCAGGCACAACAUGGCUGAGCGAGAUCCUGGAUGCGAUCUACCAUGAUGGCAAUUUGGAGAAGUGUCGUCGGGAUGCUAUCUAUAACCGGGUGCCCUUCCUGGAGAUGAAUAUACCUGGAGUACCGAGUGGUGUUGAACAGCUGGAGAAAACCCCAUCCCCACGGCUGGUGAAGACCCACCUGCCAAUCCACCUCCUCCCAGCCUCCUUCCGGGAGAAGGACUGCAAGGUGAUCUAUAUGGCUCGCAACGCCAAGGAUGUUGUAGUCUCCUACUACUUCUUCUAUCAGAUGGCCAAGAUCCACCCUGAUCCUGGCACAAUGAGUGAGUUCCUGCAGGCAUUCAUGGAUGGGAAAGUGGCCUAUGGGUCCUGGUAUGAACAUGUGAAGGGCUGGUGGGAGAAGAGGCACGAGAAGUGGCUUCUCUACCUCUUCUAUGAGGAUAUGAAGAAGAAUCCACAGCGAGAGGUUCAAAAGAUCCUGAAGUUCCUGGGCAAGGAGGUGUCGGAGGAGACAGUGGCAAGGAUCCUCCACCACACCUCCUUCCAGGAGAUGAAGAAGAACCCCUCCGCCAACUAUGAGACAAUGUCCGCUGUACUGAUGGACCACAACCUCUCUCCAUUCAUGCGGAAAGGCAUCUCCGGCGACUGGGUAAAUCACUUCACCGUGGCCCAGAAUGAGCGCUUUGACCAGCACUACCAGCAGCAGAUGGCAGGCUCAGAUCUCUGCUUCCAGAUGUAGGCAUGAGGGGUGCCACAUCCUGAGGGCUCUGACUCCAGUGAGGAGCAGGUGCUGGAUUCCUGCUGCAGCAGUGCCAGACUGGGGCAAACUACCAAUCAUUUUUAUUCCUGUAAUAAAUUGCAAUAGACUGAGUGUU